AUGGAUACACAUCACAUUCUGGAUGGUGCCAUAGGUCUGUUCAUCCCCAAAGCACAUGUCAGUGGCAUGACAGAGUUCAUGUUAAAUGUCAAGACAAUCAAUUCAUCCAGUAACGAAAUUUUAACAGAGUUCUGGGAGACUUUAUUUAACUGUAAGUUCAAACAGUCAAACUCAUCAGCAGAUAAUCAGAGAGAAUGUACUGGACAUGAAGAUCUGACUGGAGUGCAAAACAUCUUCCCAGAUAUGACACUCAUGCCUCAUUUUAACAAUGUCUAUAAAGGAGUGUAUGCUGUGGCACAUGCAGUUCAUAUUACUCUUGGAUGUAAUGAAACAUGUAACAAGAUGCAGCUAGAUCCACUCACAAUUUUACAUCACAUAAAAAAGAUUCAUUUCAAAACCAAGGAAGGAGAUGAGGUUUACUUUAAUGAAAAUGGAGAACUACCAGCAAAGUAUGAAAUUAUAAACUGGCAGCCAACAAAAAAUGGCAUUGUGGACUUUGUCACAGUUGGUCUUUAUGAUGCAUCUUUACCAGCAGACAAACAGCUGAAUCUGCAUCUUGAGUCUGUUAUUUGGGCACAAAACUCAAAACAGGUGCCUGUGUCAGUUUGCAGUGAGAAAUGUCCCCCAGGAACUCGCAAGGUUCUCCAGAAAGGAAAACCUGUCUGCUGCUAUGACUGUAUCAGAUGUGCAGAGGGAGAAAUAAGCAACAUUACAGAUUCUAUCACCUGUGAGCAAUGCCACCCUGAGUCCUGGUCUAGUGAGAGAAGAGAUGCCUGUGUAAAGAAGGAGGCAGAGUUUCUAUCAUAUGAAGAAAUGAUGGGAGUACUGCUCACUGCAGCGGCCUUAUUUGGAACAUGCAUGACUGCUGUUGUGGCAGCCAUUUUCUUCAGACACAGGACAACUCCUAUUGUCAGGGCCAACAACUCUGAGCUGAGCUUCCUGCUGCUCUUCUCCUUGACUCUGUGUUUCCUGUGUUCUCUGACCUUCAUCGGCCGGCCCUCUGAGUGGUCCUGCAUGCUGCGACACACAGCAUUCGGCAUCACCUUUGUCCUCUGUAUCUCUUGUGUUCUGGGGAAAACUAUAGUGGUGUUAAUGGCCUUCAGGGCUACACUUCCAGGCAGUAAUGUGAUGAAAUGGUUUGGGCCUGCACAGCAGAGACUCAGUGUUGUGGCUUUCACUCUCAUCCAGGUUGUUAUAUGUAUCCUCUGGUUAACUAUUUCUCCUCCUUUUCCAUUUAAGAAUUUUACCCAGUUCAAGGACAAAAUCAUCUUAGAGUGUGCUCUGGGAUCAGCUGUAGGCUUUUGGGCUGUACUUGGGUACAUAGGCCUUCUGGCCAUCUUAUGUUUUAUUCUGGCUUUUCUGGCUCGGAAACUGCCUGAUAACUUCAAUGAGGCCAAACUGAUCACCUUCAGCAUGCUGAUAUUCUGUGCAGUCUGGAUCACUUUUAUUCCAGCAUAUGUCAGCUCUCCUGGGAAGUUUAGUGUUGCUGUAGAGAUAUUUGCUAUUCUGGCCUCCAGUUUUGGACUGCUCAUUUGUAUUUUUAUUCCAAAAUGUUAUAUUAUCUUAAUGAAACCAGAGAAGAAUACAAGAAAGAAUAUGAUGGACAAAGGGGCAUCACAAUCAUUUUGA